AGAUUGGAGGAUCAUAUGUUUCCACAGGAGUAUUUUUUGCGAUGGGGUUUGGCAUUGGUAUGUUCCUUUUGCUUCUGGUUCUUGCAGCAAUUUUUGCAACAAAAAGACUCAAGAUUCGUAGGGCUACAAAAUUGAGGGAGUAUUUCUUCAAGCAAAACCAUGGGUUGCUUCUUCGACAACUAGUAGAUAAAGACAUUGCCGAAAAGAUGAUCUUUAGCUUGGAAGAGCUUGAGAAAGCAACCAAUAUGUUCGAUGAGGCUCGAAUCCUGGGCGGCGGAGGGCAUGGCACUGUCUACAAAGGCAUAUUGUCAAACCAGCAUGUUGUCGCCAUUAAGAAGUCAAUAGUUGUAAUUCAAAAGGAGAUUGAUGAGUGCAUAAAUGAAGUCGCAAUCCUUUCUCAAAUCAACCACAGAAACGUAGUGAAGCUUUUUGGAUGUUGCCUCGAGACAGAAGUGCCACUGCUGGUCUAUGAGUUCAUUCCAAAUGGAACUCUUUAUGCCCACCUUCAUGUGGAAACCUGUCAUAAAUCACUACCAUGGAAAGAUCGGCUACGAAUUGCCUUUGAAGUUGCUUGUUCUCUGGCCUAUCUUCACUCAGCCGCUUCGACAUCGGUGGUGCACAGGGACAUCAAGACAUCCAACAUAUUACUAGAUGACCGAUUAACAGCAAAAGUGUCAGAUUUUGGUGCAUCAAGAGGCAUCGCAAUCGAUCAAUCUGGAGUGACAACUGGUGUACAAGGAACCCACGGAUAUAUGGAUCCUGAGUAUUACCACACACGACGAUUGACUGACAAAAGUGAUGUGUACAGCUACGGCGUUAUGCUUGUUGAACUACUGACGAGAAAGAAACCAAGUAUGUACUUGUCGUCUGAAGGUGUCAGUUUAGUGGCACAUUUUGUCACGUUACUGAAUCAAGAUAAGCUCAGUGAGAUACUUGAUGAGCAGAUCAUGGAAGAAGGAGAAGACGAGCCCAAACAAGUGGCCGCCAUAGCAGCAAUGUGUUUGAGGAUGAAGAGAGAAGACAGGCCGACGAUGCGGUAUGUGGAGAUGAGGCUUCAAGGACUGCAAGAUUCAGACAUUUACAUUUCAGGGAUGGAACAGCAGCUGGAUGACCUGAAUGGCCAAACAUUUCAAGGAGGCGAUGCCAGAGUUGGCGACAACUAUAGAAGUAGGCAGUACAGUAUGGAGGAAGAAGUCAUGUUAUCAGCGAGCCUGCAAAGAUGAUCAAGGCAUCAUAUCCACAUUCCAGUGUCAAACUGUUUCUCUAGUAUUUUGUUUGCCCUAUUACUUUGCUUCUCUAGUACAGAGUGUCAUGUUUAAAUAUUUGAAAUUUUCGUAAUACCUUCCAAGUACAGCAGUUCUUCAGAAGCAACCUACAAGUGCCUUUCUUCA